AAGGGGGCGGAGCCUGCAGCGUUCAAAACACAGCUUGUCCCCAAUCCUUCCUGAUCUCCGCUUCCUGCUUCUUUUGCGCUCUUUUUUUUUUAAUUUUCGCGUUCUUUUUUAUUUUUACCAUCUGCUUUGUGGAACUUUAUUGCGCUUUUACUCGUUGUUUUACUUUUGUUAUUACAAAGGUAUAAUGCGGCUGCUCUCCGAGAUACAUUUUGUUCCGAGAUUGUUUUUCCGAGCAGAUCCAUCCCUCUGUUGUUGACUGCUGGUUUAUUGUCUUCGGUGAAUAUGGAUUGAUUAAAAAAAAUACCGUAUAAAUGCAACCGCCGUCCAAGACACUGCCUGCUUCUGAAAUCAAAGAGGUGUGUGAGCGCUGGGUGCAGGCUGGCCUGUGCUGUGGAGGGGAUGAAGAACCCAGUGGCUGCAGAGAGCCGCCGGCUGCUCGGCCUGCUGGACGCUGCUCUGCUCAGAGAGGCUCGUCUGUGGAAGGUCCCCCUCUUCAAAAACGGAUGCAUUCAGGGUGCUGACAUCUCCUUGUCCCAACACCAGCAAAUGAUCGUUUGGAUUGGAGAAAUGAACCGACUGUUUCAGUUCUGUCCAGAAACUUUUGCGCUGGGAGUGUGUGUCCUUAACCGCCUGCUGUCCACUGUCAAGGCUCAGAGAAAAUACCUAAAAUGCAUCGCUUUUACCUCCCUGGUCCUGGCAGCCAAAAUCAAUGAGGAAGACGAGGUUAUUGGUUCUGUUAAAGACCUGGUGGUGCGGAGUGGAUGCAACUUUUCGACAGCGGAGAUUCUUCGCAUGGAGCGGAUCAUUCUGGACAAGCUGCACUGGGAUCUGUACACGGCGACACCGGUCGACUUCGUUCACAUCGUGAGUUUACAGAACAGCAGAUUAAUAAAUAAUUCUUUUUUUCCCAUUAGACCUCAACAUUUCAGUUACUUGUGGUCUUACAGUGAAACACAAGCAGUACAAAAAGCAGACAUUGCAAACCAUCAUGCUUCAAGAUUCUCUGUUCCACAUUUAAGGGUUGGUCCUAAGUUACAUUGUGCAUUUAUUUAACUGGACUUCAUGUGCCUGUGAUUAGAAUUGCAAACUACAUUUCUAGUUCUGAUUGAUAUGCAAACUUCAAGUCAGAAAAACUGAUGGGAGAUUGUUGGAUUUCCCACCUUCUGAUAAAUUAUAACUUCAAGUAAAAACGGGUUCGCAAAAGCAAACAUUUGUUGGUAUAAAAGGCCAGCAAAUCUAUUUUCUGACACAAUAACAGCUUCUUGCAGAAAUAGUGUAUUCUUUUAAUACCAAAUGGAUGCAGCAAAACAAUUUGUUCCAAAUUUCAAGAGUGCAUUUGCAAGCUACCAACAAAGCAUGCCUGCUGCGCAUUGGGCCAAGGCACUUCUGACUUUUCUGCAGCCAUAUUGUGGAAACAUAAACCCUGUCGCCACCAGAUGGCGGGUUGGAUGAGCUGAUGUUGUCUGGGCUUUCAGACCUCAAGCAUUACAAAUGCUGCAGUUUACAACAUAGUGUGGUUUUACUGUGUUAACCAGGUUUAUCAUGUUUAUUUUUUAGGUCUACAGCUUGGAUCUGUACACCAUCAUCUAAAAAUCAUUGCUGCUGUAUUCAUAAGGCUUUUAAGGUUAAACAGAAUUAAUCUGAAGAUGGUUAACAGUCAGCAUGACUUCUUAAUUUGAGUUCAAGAUAAAGGCAGCGCCUUGCAAAAGUGUCCUUAUUACUUGAACUUUAUAUUGUUUUUCUGGAUUUCAUGUAUUGAUCAACAGAAUCAAUAACUAAAGAACUAAUAAAAAUUUGAGAAGUACAUUUGACACCUAUACUCUCAAACACAUUAUUUACAUGCAAACCACUAUCUAACCCUGAACACCAGUCUCAACAUACUGUCUGAACUGUGAAACAUAGAGGUGGCAGCAUCAUGCUGAGUGUGAGCUGCUUUUUUUCUUCAGUUUGGGCAGGGAAACUGAGAGAAAGUCAAAUACAGGCCAAUUCUAGAAGAAAACCAGCUGGAGGCUUCAGCAGACCUGAAACUGUGAAUAAAACCUAAACUACAGCCAAUUCAGUCCAACAUUAAUCUGACUGAUCAUUUGUAGCUAGACACCAAACUGGCAGGUCUUAGACUAUUCAGCAAAGAAGCAUAAGCAGAAAUAUCAGAUUUGCAAAGUUGGAAGAUGCAUAAUAUAGUUACAGCUUUAAUUGCAAACCAUAAUUUUCCUUCAUCUUCACAAUUAGACUUUACAUUGAAAGUAGUCGUUUCCUUAUACACAAAGAAUCCCAAUAACAUACGUUGAAGUUCAAGGGAUAUGAAUACUUCUGCAAGGCACCUUAAAUCACCCAGAGAGCAACAGCUUUGAGCCCAGUGCUGAAUGCAUUAUGAAUACAGGCCAGUUUGUAAUAUUGACCACACUGUGCUACAAUGAGAAGACUCCUUUUGAUAAAAAUCUUGAUUACCAUUUUCUGCAAAAUCAACCUUUUAGUCAUACAUCAUUCCCAGUUAGUUUCAGUCUCAUUCUCCAACAGGGAAAACCUACAUUCCUUUAGUACAAGCGCUGGAUUUGUCUGCAAACACUUUAGACAUAUUUUUCUAUAAAGCCACAAACCAUAAAACCUUUCAUCAAGAAGCGGAUUCAUCUCCCAAACUCCAAACCCCCUCUGUUACCUUUCAAGAUCUGAAUUUGAGUUAUUGUGGAUAAUACAAAAUCCAGGACUUCUAAAAUAAAGAGCCAUAAUAUAACAAAACUAUAAUAAAAUAAAGAUUUUUUUUUUCUCUUUUACUUUAAAUAAAUAUAUUUUAAAUAACUUUUACUUUAAAUAUCUCACAUCGAUACUGUAAACGUCUGCCCUGAAGAAAUUACUUUGCAUUCCCUUUUUAAAUACUGAACAGUUAUUUUCUGUUGCGUACAAAACAGCGAUUUGUCACAGACUCUCCACCAUGACACGUUGAUAGGUUUACAGAGAUUCACAGAUUUGCCAUUAAAAUUGAUGUGCAUCUAAAUAAAAUCAGAGGUCCGUUCAUCUGGAUGGUGUC